UACAAGAAUGUUACGGGGAAUCGAAUUGUCAUGACGUAAUGUGAAUGAUGGAAAUGUUUGGAAAUGGAUGAAUCGAAGUAAAAAACAAAUAAUUUUAAACGGUAGUUCUUUCAUUCGUUGUUCUCGAAAUGGAGGAAAAACAGAGUGUCAAUGCCUUUGCGAAUGAUGGGAGCUUCAUGGAGAUGUUCAAGAAGAGAAUGGAAGAAGAGAAGCUCCGUUGUGGUUCGGCUGGAUCUGGACGUGCUGGAGUGGGGAGUCAGUCAUGUCAACAACUGUCGAUGUCGGCGACCGACGACAAGGAUCCGGGAGAGACACUGAAGUCCAGUGACGAAUUGGCCAGAUCUUCCGGUACGGAGGAUCCGGCUGGACGUGUCACCGACUGCACAGAACAUGCCAAUGUUAAAGACGUUCAUUUACAUAGACACUCUGCCAUGUCUGCGCAAAUAGAAGGCGUGGAACUCGCCAUGCUCACGUGCACCAACAUGACUAAAGAUAUAAAAGACUGUCAUGAAGAGCAGGCAUUAUCUCUUCGAGAUGAACACUCGACAAAGUCAGAGGGCAGCAAAUCUAUUGCUUCUUCUACCCCAGCUCAGAAAAAAUACAGCCUCUUGUCACAUGUUGGCAAACGGAGAGACGGAAAAGUGGCACUCAAGACAGGAGCUGUCAAGAAGCAAAGAAAAACUGAACCUCAGGAAAACAAAGAACAAGACUCGUGGUCCAAGUACAUGGCCGAGGUGCAGAAGUACAAAGCCCAUGUCUGCGGUGAUGAGGACAAGUCACGGCCAUUGGUCAAGUGACAGCGAGUCAUGGCCAUUGGUCAACUGACCAAGUGCCUCAAGUAUUUUGUAGUUAUUUUGUAGUAAUGAUGUUAUUGUAGUGUUGUUAUGGUCAUUUUUUUCCCCUGCCAGACCUUAUGGAGCAUGGUGUCGGAGCUCAAGUACAGGCUCUUCAGAUCUAAACGUUCAGGGACUUAAAGAUCAGUGGGAAAGCAUUAUUGGAACUUCCUGUUGGUUGUUAAAAGGACUUAGAGAUCACAAUAAAAUGUCAUGAACCAACUCUA